AUGAUUUUCCCGGUUCUUGUUGUCAGCUCCUCGUUUCUACCCCAAGUGGUAUGUUAUAUACCACAGCGGAAUCCUCUAUCUUCGGCAUCUGCUAGUAGUUUGGUCGGUCAUCGGAGAUGUGCCAUGCUUGCAUCUUCCCGCAAAAUUUAGUGAUCGCCUCAGCCUUUAACGUUCCCUUCUCCGCUGGAUUAUGGACGGAUUUUUAUUGAUCGUGUCUCACCACUUUGACGCGGACAGCCUCAUCCGAUUUAGGAAUUCUGCAUUGAUGACCUCCGUGUCGAACCCCUUAUUCAGUACCAUAUACAAGCCAAUUCAGUCCGUCCCGCAUAUUUGCCCUUACAUGAGCGACAGUUGUUUCUCAAUAAAAGCUGAUCAAAUCACAUUCAUUUUUUCUCUCUCAAAAGAAGGAGAUUUUUCAUUACUCGCAGUCCGUUUUUGAUAUCUGACUGCUUAUCUUACGUGCAUGAGCACAAAAUCUGUUUACUUGUCCUUAAAUUCACUUGGAAGUUUAUUUUUACUUGCUAUGAAUGUACCCCAAGGGUACUCAAUAAAAUGAUUUAUUUAUUUUGUUUAUUUAUUUGUGUGUUGUUUCAAGUUGCAUAACUUUCUCCUUUUGGAAAUACAGUUAAGAAUUUGUCGUAUGUUUGUUAUUCCCAUCCGCAAAUAUUGAUGUCCUUCCUUUUGGUCUGCUGAACGCCCGUAACCGUAGUAAGUUUGAAAGUUUUCCGAGAGGCUAUAGUCGAUAUCUCUCUUUGGAGCUGGAAUCAGCAUUUCUUAUCCCCAGAGACGCCAAUUGACGAACAUCAAAGUUUUAUGGGUCGCAAAACACCCAGCCGGCCUUUUUUAUAUUAAUUCCAGUCUUACUCUCCCACUUGUUGGCAUUCUCACUUCGGUAGAUUGACGUUCUUUCAGUAGUAAUUCCUUCACGUCCAUCAUACCGCCUCUCUGUUCUCCUGCUAAACGUUCGCCUUUCUUUGCCUCCUUUGGAAUAAUCACUCACUCGAAAUCAGGUUAUCGUUUAGAUCCUAGGCAUUCAUAUGAGAAUGACCUAAACACCUCACCUCCGAAGUCAUUAGUGUUCGUGUAAUUUCCGAACACUCAACUUCUUGACUGUGACUGAGGGACUCCUAUAAUUUAAGGGCAGCUAUUGCAUACUAGGUAGUUACUCUGGAAACACUCGUUUAAAAUUUGACUACUCUGCGUUUUAAGCUGAUUUCCAAGUCCGUCGGUAUCAUCUCCGGCAACAAUGACCUCCGUGGCUUUUAAUGUCCCCUCUUCUUUUAGGCCCUCACUGAAAUAUUGAAAUCACAGGGGUCCCUCUAUCUCGCCACUUUGACGGUUGUUUCUGCUGCCAGCCAAGAAAUCUUAUGAAUGCAUCUGCAGCGAGUCAGUGGUGCAAGCAGCCCCUUCUGGCCUACGAAUUCUCGUCUGAUUAGGAAGGUCCACAAUCCUCAUGAUUUCUCAUUUAGGGAGUGAUCCUGUCCCACGUGCACAUUUUUCUUUCACGGGCGACAGUUUUUUCUUCAUAAAACUUACGAAUCACACUUUAUAUCUAUUUUGUGAAAAUACCCAAAGAGUUUCUUCGUCGUUUGCCCAUCUUCCUCUCUUAGUGUCACUUCAUAAGGUUUGACGGCCCCAAUAAACGGCCGUCCAAUACAUCGGUCGUCAUUAUUAUAAACGCAAACCGGCAACUGUACAUGUCUUCUCAUCCGCUCCGCGUAUUAUUCGUAAAGGAUUUUUAAGGGCCGUAAUGACAGUGUUUGCCUCGAGUCGGGGCUUCCCCAUCAGUUGUCACCUUCACAGCAGGGAGAAAGAGCCAACCGGAGGUCACACGACAAACGCGAGACAUCGACCCACAGGCGUGCCCAAACAUCCGAGCCUGAUCCGCACAUUUAACGGCAGCUGAUCAGCCCACCCGAUUAUGAGGGGAGGGCCCACGGGCACACAGAUUUUGCAGCGACUAAGACAGCCGGUCAAGUGACAGAGGUCACAGGAGCGCGCCAUCGGCCGCCCACGUAGAGACCCAAGCCAAUCCCCAGCCCGAAGGCAGGUCAGAGUUCGCGUGCCAGGCUUGCCUAUAACACAAGAUAGGCGGCGAGACAGGACAACUCUGAACCAGCAGGAACAGACACCCCAUCACUCUGUUGAUGGAAACGACGAAGUUUCCGAAACGUCAGCACCAGUACAGUGUGGUCCAUGCAAUCGCCACCUUUUCUUCUUCGCCUUCUUUUGGGGAUGAUGAGCGGGAUAAUUUAUCAGGACUUCGAAUCUUGCCUCAUACAUAUAUAAGUCUGGGAAACGAAGCUCCCGUGAGAUAAGCGAAGGGAGUCCUCUGGUCUUGCGGAUGCAGAUAUGUUUCUCGGGUUUUCUGUUUCAUUAUCUGCCUAAUCUUCGACUUCACUUUACUAUAGAAACUAUUUCAUGACAGACGAAUCGGUCAAGGCAGAAUCAUUAAAUUCCAUCUUUGCAAACCAUUUUACACUUAAAACCGUUCCCCUUCUGCCAAUUUUUCUGUCGUCCAAUGCGUUCCUUAUUAGUAUUUAAAUCUGACAGUCGUUUUGAUGUUCAUAAUUAUCGGGGUGCUCAUGGAACGCGUUGUCUAUCUAAACUAUGGCAAAAAAGAAUUGUGAACAGCAUUACUAAUUUUGCAUAACUCACUGGGGUGUGUCUUCCCAACAUGGCUUUCUGUCCGAUCGAUCUUUUAAAGCCUGUCAUAUGUAUUUUCUGAAACAAUUCACUUCUCUUCCUAAUUAUCACCUACCUGUGAUUAUAAGCUAUUCUGAUCUUAAUAAAGCCCUUGACAAAGUAUAACACAAACGACUCGUAGACUGUGAGCUCCAAGACUCUACAGCCCCCUUGCUGACUUUAUUAAUUCACACCCAUCUAAUCGAAAACAAGAUAUUUUAGUGGAUUCCACAUCUUCCAAUGAGAGCCCUACCGUAAGCGGUGUCCUCCGAGGCACUGUGUUAGGUCUUUUUUCACUUUGCUUUCCAUAAAUGGUAUUUCACUAGCAGUUAAACACUCUAAACCUCUUACUUAUGCUGAUGAGAUCUAACUUGUGUGUUGUUCUCCUGAAUCUACGCCCCAAAACUGCUCAGAACAAAUGCAUACUGUCUUACUUGCUUUGUGUACGUGGAAAUCAACAUGGCUAGCCUAAUUCUCUUCUUCUAAAUGUCGGUACGUUUGUUUUGGACCUGAAAUGUUGCCAUCACCGGUGAUUUUUCAAGAUUGUCCUAUGAAUGAAUACUACGCCAUCAAGAACUUGGAUUUGUGCACAAAAAUAGCUUAUAUCUUUCUUCGCCUGUCGAUAGAAUUGCGAUAAAAGCUGCCCAGACUUAUAGCUUUAUUUCUUAUAUUUUUCACCGUCCUGAAAUUAAAUUAAGACUUCGUCGAAUGUCCGUCCUUUCCAGGCUUAAAUACUAUUAUCUAUUCUUUGGCUUAAUGAGGGGGUCCAGCCGUUCUAAACUCGAAGAUGCCCAAAAACAUUGGCUUGAAAACAAUCUCAUCUGAAACAGUUAGUUCAGCAUUGACAAGGGAGACUAGAAUGGCCAUUUCUGACUUAUUAGCCGUCGUCAUUCAGUCAUACCCAACCUCGAGGUACGGGUCACCUGAGCCUGAUACUGCGACUUGUUGGUUAGAAGUCCAACUUCUCUAACCAAUGAGCCACGGACUCGUCCUGUCGGCUCAGUUCAACUAUACUAAGGAAAAAGUAGAGGAACGCCUUUAAACUCCAUCAUGGUUGCAAUAACGUCAAAUAUCCAUCAUAUAAAGAAAUUUGAAAAAAAGACUGGCUAAAGAAUUUCUUGUAAGAAGCAUGCCUGGUGAAUGCUAAUAUGCCUUAAAACUGCGAAAUGGCCAAACUCGUUACUGAAAUGCGUCAAGUAACAUGGAAAGGAACAUUCGAACAUCACACGUUCAUCCGCCGAGGAAUCUAACAUAAUAAUGAUAAAAUGUUAUUACUGAAACACGAGUAGUAGUAUGUUUGGUAAUACCUAAAUUUCGCGAUGGAUAAUACAAGGGGAGGAAUGUGUUAAUUGCGAUGGCGUGGUGGUACCUAUCCCCUUGCCGGUUAAGCUUUCAUUUAAAAGUGUCCACGGAUGGGGACACAACGACGUCGAUAAACAAGGUAUUCCAUGCCACAAUCACUCUGUCGGGAAGAAUACCCUCAUUGCGGCCAGUCGUCUCCCAGUCACAGGUAGUUUGAGGGAAUGUCCUUGUAAGCUGGUGACGGUGGCCAGCUCAAAGAAGUCGCCGGAUGCGAUGUGACACAGUCCUGACCUCGCGUCACACAAAACGCUCCUACCAAGCCGUCGAAUAGCUGCCUGAAGUCCAAAAAAGAAGUCAAAAUUUGAGUUGUGAAAAUUCCCAUUGAAGAAUUCAAAAGACAAUUUAAUUAGUAUACGUUAGCUUUCGAUAAAUUCUCUCCAGGUCUGUACAUUUAUAUUGCUAUCGAAAUGAUUAAUAAUAAAAUGCGGGCAAGCAGAAGUUAUUCUGUAGCUAAGGUUUUUGGGGGAGGAGUAGGUGAAUUAAAAAGCAAUAUUGCCAUCAGUGUCAGGGGGAGAGGAAUGGUGGGCGCUGGGACGGAUAAUUAUAUGCGGGUGGUUGGCAUGGUGGCUUUGGCUCAUGGUAACUGUGGGGCCUGUAUGAAGUUCUUCUGUGCGCACAGGACCGGAUUCCACGAACUCCCGCUGCGCCAUCGUUUCGGCAUUUUUGGUUGUUUCCCCCAGAGCUCACAAUAUAUUCAAAAAUCCCCAAUAUGCAAAUUGUGCACAUUACAGUUAUUGGCCUAACGCGUGGUAGGUGGCGAAAUUUAUCAAUGAUUGUUAAUCACUCGCAAACCGACACCAAUGCGUGGAGCCAAUAUCUAGGUUUAUACAUAACAACUUUUAAAAAAUCAAAAACAUAAAAGAAAUAUUAUAGGUAGUGUUGCGUGGUUCAGAAAUGUCAAUUGUUCUUAAAAAAGCGCAAAAUCCCGAAAACGUCAAAAAUGGUUGUAAUUUAGUAAACUUCAUUUUUGAAUGAACGGAAUGUCUGUCCAUGCAAAAACCGAGUAAAUAUGAAAGUACAAAUAAAAUAACAUUUAAAAAUAGUGUCUUAGUGAGGUUUAUGCUUUAAUAUCCCUUAAGAAUUAUUGUGAUUGCAGGCAUGGUGGUUUGUCAACAGCCUACAUUCUGAGUAUAGAUUCUAAAACGGUUUUCCGAGAAUUCGUGGUAUUCUUUACGCUUUCGAAUAGACUGAGAAGCGUCUCAAUGAUGGAAAAAUUCUCACAUCAGUUCCUGCCACCAGAUUUUGAGAUAGGUCACGUGCUGCAUUAUCAUAGGUAUUGUGUGUGAAAAAACUUAUAUCGUCUUUACUACUAUGCAUGAUUGAAUACCUGAAUUGACCGUCCAGCUAGCUACCCCGACUACUUCUCUGAGGGAGUGGUCAGGGAGAACAUCACCUUUUGUGAAUGUCUGCUGAGAGAUCGUGGAAGGUGAAAUCACCCGCGCAUAGGGAAAUGAGAACGGAUAAGGUAACAAGUCUUUGACACUCUAAAUGCCCACAUACACACAUAUGAAACUCCCCAAACGGGACAGCAUAGUUUUCAUCUUAUUAGAAUCACACAUGACCUACACACUUGCGUUGCGCACUGUCGUACUUGGUCUCACAAACAACAACUAUCAACAGAACAUCAUACAUAAUCCAUGUAAUCAGCAUUUGCAAAUAACUUAAGAGAUGCGAAUUCGCUUCACGUAAAUCCCUGCCAUUCGCAUCCCUUAUCAUCUUGAGGAGUAAUGCUGAUACUGCGGACAUCACCCCACGGCAAAUCAGUGUCUUUCCCAGUUAAGUAAGCCUGAUGCACUUUAAUCUACCACGGCGUGCUGAGACUUGGCGUAGAAACUUGCCAUGUGACGGGGUGAUUUCGUCCUACUGUGGAAUGAGGGUCGACCUGUAAUGACCCAUUCUUCGUAUGGUUUCAUGACAUCCCCGCCUAUACGAGGUCCGGAUCACCCUCACAGUAGACCGGUACACGCCACAGGAGCCACAGGUCGUGUAUGGCACGCGUACACGAAUCUUUGGCUUUGUCCGUCGCUGCAUUCUAGCGUACUUUAGGUUGACUUGACAUUGCUUUGCCAUCUGGACCAGGUAGGUGAGAUAAGAGUGCUGGGUCUCACUAUAGAUCAGAUCUGACGUUAUUCACACUUGAUGCCUCCACUCCGUGGGGCAGGCAGUCUGGAACACAUCUGCCAGUCCAUGGCUGUUUAGAUCGGCAAAUAUCUCUUGCUGUGAUUUGAAGAAGAUGCCGCCUCGAAGUGCAAGGUGACUGAAAUUCUGAAUCAAGGACAUUCACUGGCGUCAAUGUGCAAACGCAGCAGACAUUGAUCGUCAGAAGUAGGGUCAUAAAUCUCCCAGACUUGGGGAGUAAUGGUUAAACUCGAGGUUUCUGUCAACGCAUACGUUAGUGGCUAGGGAGCACAGAAGUUGAGGUGUAUGGGUGGUCGUGUGACUAUUGAUGGACUUUCAUGUCCUGACAUCGGUUCGAACUGCCGGUCAGGAAGUGCUGCGCAAGUGGAGCAUAGGUUUUAUUCGUUGAAAUAGUAGGAGUGGGUAAUUGUACUUGAUGACUUGGGUCUACCGUGGAGUUUACAAUAAACAUCCUUCACCAGCACGUUAUUGUCGGAUAACUGAAUUUACUGUCGAAGCUCUCCCAAUGUCGGGCUAAUCGUAGUGAUAUACGACAGUCCUGAUCGCAGUAUAAUACGGGCCGUAGAAAUCAGGAAAUGUGUGCUGGGAGUUAAGGCGAAAAUUUAGAUCAACCAUGCGUUUGAUCUCCUAAAAACUGUUUCAAUGUUGCUGCAUUAGUUUCGGAUCUGAUUCUUGGACAACCAACCCUUCCGUGCAUAUCCUGCAGCGAUGGGCGGAGCAUUUCCGAGGCGUCCUCAACCGCCCCUCCAUCAUCUCCGACGCCGCCAUCAAGCGUUUGCCGCAAGUGGAGACCAACAUGGACCUCGACCUCCCACCAUCUCUCCAGGAAACGAUCAGGGCCGUGCAGCAGCUCUCCAGCGGGAAAGCACCCGGAUCGGACGCAAUCCCUGCUGAGGUCUACAAGCACGGAGGUCCCCUACUGAUGGAUCACCUGACUGCGCUCAUCCAAGAGAUGUGGCUUCAAGGUGAAGUCCCGCAAGAUUUCAAAGACGCAACCAUCGUGCAUCUCUAA